GCACCGGCGAGGCGCACGAGGCGGUCGUCAACAGAUGGUGCUGGAGUCACUUGUCAAACGCAGAUAGGAUAGGGCAACUGGAGGAACUGCUCUGAACUCUCGGGCGGUCGGUCGGCUUUCCGACAUUUGUAUUCACGACUGGUGCCUCUGGUUGGGCUGAAAUGGACCUGCUUUUUAUAUUAAGCUGAGUGUAAUUAGCGCGAGGAAGGGUUAGUGGCCGAGUACUAGUGUUUGAGCAGCCUUUGGGGGCUCGGCGAGUGCGUCCGCUUCGGCAGCAGAGGCAGAGGGUGUGUGCCUUGGUUCGUUCGGCCCCGAUCGACCGACACUGACGGACGACCGACCACAGGCCUGCCGAGGGAUGCGAAAUCGGCGAUAGUGCCGACCAGCGACGAGCGAGUGCCGAAUAUAAUUGUUUCGUGACCCGUGUUGAACUGAACCGCAGCAAACAUUAACACGAUCAGAAAAAUGGGGUGUGCAUUGAGUGCGGAGGAGAGGGCGGCCCUGGCCCGCAGCAAACAGAUUGAGAAAAACCUCAAAGAGGACGGCAUUCAGGCAGCCAAAGACAUUAAAUUGCUCUUGCUCGGAGCUGGAGAGUCUGGCAAGAGCACAAUAGUCAAACAAAUGAAGAUCAUUCACGAGAGUGGCUUCACCUCGGAAGACUUCAAACAAUACAGGCCGGUGGUUUACUCCAACACCAUCCAGUCUCUGGUGGCUAUUUUGCGUGCCAUGCCAAACCCAAACCUUGCUAUACCAUUUGCAAAUCAUGAGAGAGAGAGUGACGCGAAGAUGGUGUUCGAUGUAAUUCAGCGCAUGGAGGACACAGAGCCUUUCUCGGAAGAGCUCCUGGCAGCAAUGAAGAGGCUGUGGGCGGACGCGGGAGUCCAGGAAUGCUUCGGCCGCUCGAACGAAUACCAACUCAACGACUCAGCCAAAUAUUUCCUGGACGACUUGGACAGACUUGGCGCCAAAGACUACCAACCCACAGAGCAGGACAUUUUGAGAACUCGAGUCAAGACCACGGGUAUCGUCGAAGUCCAUUUCUCCUUCAAGAAUCUAAACUUCAAGCUGUUCGACGUAGGAGGCCAAAGGUCAGAGCGCAAGAAGUGGAUUCACUGUUUCGAAGAUGUCACAGCCAUCAUUUUCUGCGUAGCCAUGUCCGAGUACGACCAAGUUCUCCAUGAGGACGAAACCACGAACCGUAUGCAGGAGAGUUUAAAGCUGUUUGACUCCAUCUGCAAUAAUAAGUGGUUCACUGAUACUUCGAUCAUUCUCUUCCUCAAUAAGAAGGAUUUGUUCGAAGAAAAAAUUCGCAAGUCUCCCCUCACAAUUUGCUUCGCAGAAUACACAGGGGCCCAAGAGUAUGGGGAGGCUGCUGCCUACAUCCAGGCGCAAUUCGAAGCCAAGAACAAGUCAACCACUAAAGAGAUCUACUGCCAUAUGACGUGUGCUACUGAUACCAACAACAUUCAGUUUGUGUUUGAUGCUGUCACUGAUGUCAUCAUAGCCAAUAAUCUACGUGGCUGUGGUCUGUACUAAGACCGUCGUUUUUAAGAGAGCUGAAUGUACACAUCAACCAGUUUAUAACUCGUCGAAGCCUCAAAAUAUCAGGAAGAUUGCGUCAACCGAAAAGUUUGCUUGCCUUGUUCCACGGCCCAAAUUCAUCAUAAAAAAUUCACUCACUGGCUUUAAAAUCCUGGAUUUGGCGCUCACAAAUCGUGCCAAAAUUUUUAGGCUAAAUUAGAACAAUAAUUAAAAAUAUUUACGCGUUACGGAUGCCCACAAGUUUGUGAGUUACAAAAUCAGUGAGUCGCUGACGACUAAAACGAGCAGCAGGCGCCGAGCAGCAAAAUUCGGACAUCGGCGCUCCGUAGAUUUUUGCAAGCAACUUUUUAUCUUCUUGUUUUUUUUAAAAAAGAAAACACACAAACUUUCAUUAGUCGGUAGCAAGUAUAUAUCUUUCGAUUGGAAAAUUUCCUGAAUCUCUCGUAACAGCAGACAGAUCAUGACAAAAUUCACAACUAAACUCUCAUUCAGCAUUUGCUUGGAAUCAUCACGCUGUUUCUCAAAUCUUCCUUCUUGAGUACAAAAUUGCGUAAUUACUCAAAGCUGUGUCUCAUGCUUUGUUAAUUUUUUUUGUUCACUCGCAACAACUCUCUAAGUCUUAUUGGGCACAAUUAUUUAUUAAUAAUGAUCUUAACCGGCGGUCAAGUUGAAUUGGAAUCCUUGUUGCACAAAUCUAUUUAUCUGAAAAUGACGAUGUGAACCCUGCACAAGGUUGUUGCACAAAAACAAGCACAAAGUGACCGUCCGCCGGAGCUUUUUCUCAAACAUUAUGUUCCAGAGGGUGUUAAUUGUUGUUGAUUUGUAUUCAAUGACCUGUAUCUCUCGAUUAUUAACGUGGAAAAGAACCAAAUGAAUGAAUCUGAUUAUCAUGAGAUCUAGUCAGUCACACAUGAUUUCUGAUGUAACGACAUUUUUAACAAAAUUUCUAUUCUGUAACAAACAAUAGAAGCAGGUUUGUAAACUGUACAUUACUCAUCUAGUGCGAACAUUUCACACAGCAAGAAGUAAUAGGGUAAGGAGAGUUUGAAUCCCAAGCAAGAUUAUAAAACAAAGAACAUUGUUCCAAAUCCAAACUAAAAAAAAAAUUAUGGAAGUAACAGAAAAAAUAAGUGUGUUGUGGCUUUUCUCUCCUGAUGGAAUUGUUGAAAUAUUUAUAUUAAUAUUUGGACGAGGUGUGAAGCAACUUAAGAAGAUUUGAGGUGUUUGUGGUGCAAGACGAAGAAAGGAAGAAACAGAACAGUGCUUGACGCGCUUGUGGUGAUAAACACAGAGAUUUUAAUAGGAAUUACUAAGUUCUAUGCCAUUUGUAAUGCAUGCUUCACGUAGACUACGACAUAAACAAAACAAACAAAAAAAUGUACGAAAUGACGCUAAAAGGAAACGAAAUUGCCACUCAUAUCUUCAAGAAAAUUGAUCUACCUGACUAUAAAAAUCUGAUUCACAAACUUGCUUUUGUUCUCCGAAGCAUGUAAAAAAAAAUAUGUAUUUUCUUGUAAUAACCACGUUUUGGGACCUACUUUAGCAUCCAAACACACACUAUUCUCGCCACCUUGCAAAUCUGGACCAGUGUUUUUGCGCAUUGUUUUGUCAGAAAUGCUAUCUACUGUCAGAUAAAAUUGUACAGUUCAUAUUAGGAGAGCUAAUUACAGAGGAAAAAUGGACACUUGGAAAUUAUUCCGAAGAUGAGUGUGGCUUAUAUAGUGUAUGAAAAAAAGUGUAGUUGUUAUACCUCUUGGUUGGUUUUGUUUGUCCUAGACGGAAAGAUGUAAUUGUAAAAAAAAAAAACUCAAAGAA